UAUUGCAUAGUUUAAAGGUUUCUAGAUAUUUUUUCUUUCAGUGUCAAAUUUAUAUGUUUAAUUGAUUUAGUGCUUCCUAGUUUUACUGUUUUUGUAGUCCGCUUUAAGUGCUUGUUGCCAAGGAAGGACCUCCAUAAUUAUUGGCGUUCUGGAGCUCCGGCUACCAUGAACGCUGACUACUGGAACUAUCGCAGAUAUAAGAAAGCCCGUCGGAAGUUUGCUAUUAAAUCUUAUUUUCUAUUAAGCGUAUGGCUUCUACUGGGUAUAAUACAAUGGUGCAUUGUCUGCCUUACUGAUCGCAUAAGAAAAAUAUUCUUCGACCAUUAUGUAAUAAGCUCCAUUACAUUUGCAGUAGCGCUUUUGCUCUUAUAUAUCUAUUUAUGUAUUGAGAGGCUACGCUUUGUCAAAUGUCUUAACGUUCUGAUCUGCGUAUUAAUUGUUGAGCUGCAAAUAAUAUCCCUUUUCGCAUUGGUUGCAGGAGUAUAUUGGCCCGAUCUGAUUUCCUUUUUUGCAUUAUGUGUUCUUGUAUUGUUUAUGGCUAUAUUUAUUGGCUCUAUACUUCCAAGACGAAUUGACUUAACUCAAAAUGUGGCAGUGCUUUUCAUUUUCGGCUUCUUUUGCAUUUUGGGUGCAAUAUUCAUUCUCAUGUGCAGUUUUCUGAUACCAGAAAAAAAAAAACCAGGUCAUAUUCUUUACAAAGAAUUUGGAAGUUAUCUCAUCUUUGAAUUAUUAAUUUCCGUGAUGAUUCUUGUUUUUGUCAUGUACCAUGCACAAACUAUUCAAGGAAGCCGAUUUGCGGAGAUGCGACUCAAUGAUUUCUUGCUGGCAUCGCUAAUUCUCUUUCAUGACUUUCUUAUCAUUUAUUGGCUGACAUUCUACUGGCAGUACAAGGAAAAACCAUUCACACCCGACAAAAUUUUACGAACAACUUCAGACCCAACCGGAACACCAGAUGAUGACGAUUCCAAAUCGGCGUCAAGAAGAAUUAUUGGAAAACAUACUGCUGCACAGAAACAUACAGAAACAACAUUACAAACUGUCAUUGAAGUAACGGACGAUUAUUACGAUGCUACUAUUGUCACAUCCAGUAAAGAUAGUGAAGUCGAAUCUAGUAUUGAAGUAUCAAAGUCUACAGAUGUCGAUUAUUACUUCGAUAUUGAAGUAUCAAAGUCUACUAUUGUCACAUCCAGUAGAGCUAGAGAAGUUGAAUCUAGUAUUGAAGUAUCAAAGUCUACAGAUGUCGAUUAUUACUUCGAUAUUGAAGUAUCAAAGUCUACAGAUGUCGAUUAUUACUUCGAUAUUAGGGAAGUCCCUUUAGCAAUGACACACGAUUCAAGCGAUACUAUUUUUGGAAUAACCGGCGAUUCUGGCGAUGAACCAUCAGAAUUCUUUGGUGAUGAAAGCAUAAUGUCCAAUAAUAAAAAGGAAGAGCAGGACCUGUAUGCUCCUCAGCACACAUCAGAACCACUAACAAUAACUUUUGACUUUAUGGAGGACGGUAUUGCAACAGCAUCGAAGUCAAUGAUUCAAAGAAGAUGGGAUCGUAUAACAAAAGAUGAUAGUGACAUGUUUAUUAACAUUAAAAAGCCAACUGAUAAUCAUAUAUCUACUGAAGAGCUACGUCGCUAUAACGUUAAAGAAACUGAAAUCGAGUUUAUGUGACAAGUAUUUAUUUAUGAUUUACUUUUAGAAUUAAAAAAAGUAAUGAAUGUAAUGAUGUUUAAAAAAUUACCUUAUAUAUGACAAUAUGAUGAAAUUUAAAAUAUUCCAGAUACUUUUCCGUUCAAUGUCAAAUUUAUUUGUUUCGUUUAAUUUGUUCUUGUAAGCUGUGUUGUUGUUUUUGUUGUCCGCCGUAAAUGUCAGUAAAACGAUCAUUGGUGCUCCGGAGCUCCGGCUGCCAUGAGAGCCAGCUACCGGAACUAUCUCAUCAAUAAGAAAGCCCGUCGCAAGUUUAUUUGGAAGUCUUAUUUAUUUUUAUGUCUAUGGCUCAUAUUGGGUAUAAUACAAUGGUGUGUUGUCUGCCUUGUUGACCCCAUAAGAAAAAUAUUUUAUGACCAUUAUGAAGUAUGCUUCGUUACAUUUCUUAUAGCGCUUAUUCUCUUUUUCAUUUACGUAUUCGUUGAGAAGCUACGCCUAAUCCAUGGCCUGAGAUUUAUAAUCAGUAUAUUAAUUGUUGAGCUGCAAAUAAUAUCGCUAUUCGCCUUGGUUGCACGAGUUUAUUGGCCCGAUCUCAUAUUCUUUUUUGCAGUAUGUGUCGUUGUAUUGU